GUCAUGAUCGCGAUAGACAUCAAAUACAAUUUCGGCACAGAAAUCCUCGUUGUUCGAUCAUGUUAUCACCGCGAUGGCAGGGACCUGCUUGCUAUCGCUGGUGAAGACGCGGUUCAAGUACUUCAAUGCGGAGACAAUGCAGUCGCACCUAUUGCAUACUUCAUGGUCGGGUUAAGAGUUACGUCUAUUGCCUGGUCUCCAAGGACUGUAUCACCAGGCGCGUCGGAUGAGUGGUUCUUGGAACUUGUAAUUUCGACUCAUGAUUUUGGUCUCUAUCACCUUACGAAAUCGUAUGAUGGAAAGGAAGAAGUUCGACGAUUUGGAGGUGGCCUAACUGGACAUCAUGCUAGGGUGAACGACAUCGCAUUCGUAGGAGGCCAAGACGAUAACGCACGUCAUGUUGCAACUGUCUCAGACGACCGAACACUCAUCGUCUGGGACCUCCACCCCCCAAUACCAGAACCAUACGAAG